AUAAAAAAAAUUUCAAUAUACAGUUAAACUGCCAACCAAACUGGUAGAUUCAUAGAACAGUUUAGGUAUGUUAUCCCUUCAUCCCUUCACCUCUUUCUGCCACCCCACCUGCCCUUCUCCUGCAAGACCUUUUUUCCUCUGAAAAUCUGUCAAUUCGUUCAAAUUCCCAGUAAAACAAUUCCCCAGAAACUCAUAGGUUGUGGGUGGUUUCAGUUUUGAUAUGGAGAGGCUUAUUUAUUCCAAUUCAGUUCCUUCUAAAAUCCACAGCCUUAAGCCAUCUUGCCCGCUUCUCCUCCGAGUCCAUUCUGCGUCAAGAAUCGGUUUUUCUUCCUUCCCACGCUCUGAAUCGCGCCAAUUGAGCUCGCUAUCCUGCAAACUCCAUGACCCAUCCUCUCUUUCUGUGAAUUCAUUAGACACAUAUCCGGAAAUUUUGUUGAGUUCUGCGGAUUUACCUGAUGGGGCACAUUCCAAGCCCCAUUUUCUUAAACGAAUCGCCCAAACAUUCUCUGAGCAGCAAAAGGUGGUUACUUCUGGAACAGUACUACUUAUCUCAGCGGUCUUUUUGGUACUGGUCCACCCUGUUGUUGUGUCACCAGCUUUAGCUAGUUUUCAAAGUAUAGCCAAGACCGGAGGACCCGUUGCUGCGGCAGCAGGGAGUCGACUUAUUCGUAGUGAGUUAUUGAGCAGUGCGUGGACCGGCUUCUUUGCCGGAUGCUUGCACACAUUAUCUGGUCCCGACCACCUUGCUGCUUUGGCCCCGCUUUCAAUAGGUCGUACAAGAAUGGAAAGUGCCGCAGUUGGAGCUCUAUGGGGAUGUGGCCAUGAUGCUGGACAGGUAAUAUUCGGGUUACUCUUUCUACUUUUGAAGGAUCGGCUUCACAUUGAAGUUAUCCGAACCUGGGGUACACGAGUUGUGGGCUUUACUCUUCUUGUAAUUGGUGCUAUGGGGAUCAAGGAAGCUUCAGAAGUCCCUGCCCCAUGUGUUGCACUAGAAAAUGGUGAAUGUGAUGUUAUCAUUUAUGAAGCCCUCGAGAAUACCUCUGUCGGGAAGAAGAAGAUCGGGUUUGCAACUUUUGCUACGGGAAUUGUCCAUGGAUUACAACCUGAUGCUCUGAUGAUGAUCUUGCCUGCACUUGCUUUGCCAUCUCGAUUGGCUGGUGCUGCGUUUCUAUGCAUGUUCUUGGUUGGAACGGUUAUCGCUAUGGGAAGCUAUACCGUCUUUAUAGGCUCGUGUAGUCAAGCACUUAAGGAUAGGGUCCCCAGGAUAACCGAGAAGCUCACCUGGGCAUCGUCCCUUGUUGCCAUUGCUUUAGGUCUUGCACUCUUGAUUAGCCAACUUUUCGGAUUUAGCCUGUAUUGAUUUAUGUUGGAGAUUUCAUCAGUUGUAGAACUAUUAUGAGAGGGAUAAAUCCUUUAAGGGAAGCAAAAGAUCAUAUUUGUAGCAUUGUAUCUUGACAAGAUUUUUGUCUUAAAUUGUUACUUUAAACUGUCUGAAAAAUAUUCAAUUAUUGGCUUCUUAA